CGUUGCUGCGGCGUUUUACGACGUCGGCUUUGACAGACCUAGAGAGCAUCCUACUUCCUCCCCGCCGCCGGGUGAAUGCCGACGAUGUUUGGUGCGGGGGACGAGGACGACACCGACUUCCUCUCGCCCAGCGGCGGUGCCAGAUUGGCUUCUCUUUUUGGAUUGGAUCAAGCAGCUGCUGGCCAUGGAAACGAAUUCUUCCAGUACACAGCCCCGAAGCAGCCUAAGAAGGGACAGGGGACAACAGCAACAGGAAAUCAGGCAACACCGAAAACAGCACCAACCGCCCCAGGCACUUCCACAGUACUGAUUGCAACAGCAGUGCAUGCCUAUCGAUACAUUAAUGGUCAAUAUCAAAAACAGGGCAAAUUUGGUGCUGCAGUCUUAGGGAACCACAUAGCCAAAGAGUAUAGGAUUCUUCUUUAUAUCAGUCAACAACAGCAAGUCACUGUUGCUAGGAUUCACCUGAACUUCGAGCUAAUGGUUCGGCCCAAUAACUAUAGCACCUUUUAUGAUGACCAGAGACAAAACUGGUCCAUCAUGUUUGAGUCGGAAAAAGCUGCCACGGAGUUUAAUAAACAGGUGGCCUAUACUGGCUGGCUCUUUCAGAAUCAUGGGCUUGGCCAGGUGUUUGAUUCCACAGCUAACAAAGAUAAACUGCUUCGCCUGAAGUUAGGGUCAGGAAAAGUCAUCAAGAGCUGGGAGGAUGGAAUGCUGGGCAUGAAGAAAGGAGGAAAGCGCUUGCUCAUCAUCCCUCCUGCCUGUGCUGCGGGCUCUGAGGGGGUAAUAGGCUGGACUCAAUCGACAGACUCCAUCCUGGUGUUGGAGGUAGAAGUUAGGCGGGUGAAGUUUGCCAGAGACUCUGGCUCUGACGGGCACAGUGUGUCUUCCCGGGAUUCUGCGGCCCCGUCUCCCAUACCUGGUGCUGACAACGUCUCUGCAGAUCCCGCUGUGUCCCCACCCACAUCAUUGCCUUUCAAGUCUGGGGAGCCGGCUCUCCGUUCCAAAUCUAACUCCCUCACCGAACAGCUUACGAUAAAUACGAGUCCUGAUACGGUCAAGGCCAAGUUGAUCUCUCGGAUGGCUAAAAUGGGCCAGCCCAUGCUGCCCAUCAUUCCACCACAGCUGGAUUCCAAUGACUCAGAACUCGAAGAGGUGAAUACUCUGCGAGGAGCUGGGCAGCCCGUGGUGACCCCAUCCAUCCAGCCCUCUCUUCAGCCAGCCCAUCCAGUGUUACCACAGAUGACCUCACAGGCACCUCAGCCAUCUGUGUCUGGGCUACAAGCACCCUCUGCUGCCUUAAUGCAAGUUGCAACUCUCGAUUCACACCCAGCUGUCUCUGGAAAUACCCAGUCCUUUCAGCCCUAUGCAGGUGUGCAGGCCUACGCAUAUCCCCAGGCACCCGCCGUCACCUCCCAGCUGCAGCCUGUUCGGCCCUUGUACCCUGCACCACUCUCUCAGUCACCCCAUUUUCAAGGAUCAGGUGACAUGGCUUCGUUUCUCAUGACUGAGGCCCGGCAACAUAACACUGAAAUCCGAAUGGCAGUCAGCAAAGUGGCUGAUAAAAUGGAUCACCUCAUGACUAAGGUUGAAGAGUUACAGAAACAUAGUGCUGGCAAUUCCAUGCUUAUUCCUAGCAUGUCAGUUACAAUGGAAACAAGCAUGAUUAUGAGCAAUAUCCAGCGAAUCAUUCAGGAAAACGAAAGGUUGAAGCAAGAGAUCCUUGAAAAGAGCUGUCGGAUAGAAGAACAGAACGACAAGAUUAGUGAACUAAUUGAACGAAAUCAGAGGUAUGUUGAGCAGAGUAACUUGAUGAUGGAGAAGAGGAACAACUCACUCCAAACAGCCACAGAAAACACACAGGCAAGAGUAUUGCAUGCUGAACAAGAGAAGGCCAAGGUGACAGAAGAGUUAGCCGCAGCUACUGCACAGGUCUCUCAUCUGCAGCUGAAACUGACUGCUCACCAAAAGAAAGAAAUGGAACUGCAGAUGCAGCUGACAGAAAGCUUAAAGGAGACAGAUCAGCUCAGGGGCCAGCUCACCAAACUGCAGGCAAAGCUCUCAGAACUCCAAGAAACUUCAGAACAAACACAGUCCAAAUUCAGGAAUGAAAAGCAGAGUCGGAGACAGCUGGAACUCAAGGUGACAUCCCUAGAGGAGGAACUGACUGACCUUCGAGCUGAGAAGGAGUCCCUGGAAAAGAACCUCUCAGAAAGGAAAAAGAAGUCUGCUCAAGAGCGUUGUCAAGCUGAAGAGGAAAUAGAUGAAAUUCGCAAGUCACACCAGGAAGAAUUGGCUAAGCUUCGACAGCUCUUGAAAAAGACUCGGGUGUCCACAGACCAGGCAGCUGCAGAGCAGGUGUCUCUGGUGCAGGCGGAAUUACAGACCCAGUGGGAAGCGAAAUGUGAGCACCUGUUGGCCUCUGCCAAGGAUGAACACCAGCAGCAGUACCAGGAGGUGUGCGCGCAGAGAGAUGCCAACCAGCAGAAGCUGAUACAACUUCAGGAAAAGUGUUUGGCCCUCCAGGCCCAAGUCGAGGCCCUCACAGAACAAAACAAACAGCACAUCAAGGAGCUGGAGAAGAGCCAGUUGCGGACGUCUGGGGUUGAAGCAGCUGCUACUGACCCCUCAGAGAAGGUCAAGAAGAUCAUGAACCAGGUGUUCCAGUCCUUGCGGGGGGAGUUUGAGCUGGAGGAGUCUUACAAUGGCAGGACCAUUCUGGGAACAAUCAUGAAUACGAUCAAGAUGGUGACGCUUCGGCUCUUAAACCAGCAAGAGCAAGAGCGAGGAGAGAGCAGCGAUGAAGAAGAGCAGCAGCCUCAGAGGCCUUCCCAGGAGCAGUCACUCUCAGUCCUUUCUGGGCGGUCUCAAGCACCCUCGAGUAGCGAGAGGCAGGAGUCCCCUGCAGUGCCAUCUGAGCAGGUCAUCAAGGAAGCUGACCCAUUGCCUCCUCAUGCCCUCCCCACUGCCCAGGAUGAUGUACAGAGAAGGAAAGGGGAGCCCUCAGAAGCAGAGACACUCUCAGAGAUAAAAGCAGAUUCCCUCCCAGUGGAACCAGCUCACAUCCCCUCUCACAGAGUUCUGGGGCCCCCGACAUCAAUCCCACCUAAGCCCCCAGGCCCCGUUUCUGUGGAUUCUGAGUGUGAAGAGACGCUUGCUGCCAGCCCAGUGGCAGCUAAGCCUGACCGCCCUUUGGGAGAGGUCUGUGUUGGGGAAGUAGCCCCAGACAGCCCAUUGCAAGAAAGUUCCAUGAGGCUGUCAGGGACGUCAGACCCCAGGAAGGAUGAACCACUGACCUUAGGGACUGUGGGCUCAGUAAGGGAGCCUCAGCCUCCAGAGCACAAUAAAGACGAGGCUGUCACUGGCUCUACUGGCCCCUCUGAGGAGCUAUCAAGCACAGAGGCAGGUUCUGCAGCUGCGGAGGCAGCCCUCGGACCCAGCCAUCAUUCUCAGCAAUCCAGUCUCCCCGGGGAUGAAGAGGAUGAACUGUUUAAAGGGGCGACUCUGAAAGUUGCGAAGCCCAGAGCACAGCUGGAGGAGGAGGACGAAGACGAGGUGAGCAUGAAGGGACGCCCACCCCCAACACCCCUUUUUGGAGAUGAUGAUGAUGACGAUGACAUUGACUGGCUGGGAUGAAGACCCAGGAAACUGAUGCAAAGGUCUCUCUCACCCCUGCCCUAAGCAUGAUUUUGCACAGCCAGCCCUGGUCUAGGUGAGCCACAGAGUGAGGCCAAGGUGAGCAUUCUGAGGGCAGUAGUUCAGGUGCCUGCCUGCGUCAGCCCCCUGAGCUCCCCGCCUGAGCCGGGGAAGAGGAGCCUGAACCUGCUUCAAAACUGGUGUUUUCAGCACCCACUGUGGUCCUGGUCCCAGCCCCAUCUGGAGGGGCUGGUGGGUUCCCUUCCAGCCAAUUACCUACAAACGUCCUGCCCUCUUCCAAGCCUUUUCUAUCUUCAUUAAUUCAUCAACUAACCUGGGAGCCCUCUCCACAUGCCUCCCAGGACUCAAUGUGCCCAGCAACGAGACCUGGCACCUAGAGGUGUCUCCCUGGCAGAAAGAGGGGAGCGUAUACCUUCUCGGUCCUGUUCAGUGCACAGCCUUGCCUGUAGUCCUGGGACACAGAUCUGUUUCUCUGCCUUAAAUCUGAUUCAAGAGGUCAACGAAUAUUUGCGAUUAACAAAACUAAAAUAAACGACUACAAUGAAACGACUGAAAUUGAA